AUGGAGAUUUAUCGGAAACACUUGAAAAAUGUUUACAGUACCUUUGACGAAAGCAUCUAUACAAAGUCUAGCUCUCCACCGAAUUCAUUGGCUUUACAGGUCUUCCAGCAGCUGGACGGAUCUUCAAUCAGCAAGUAUCAGUUACGACUUGUCAUCCAGGAGAUUCAAAAAUUAGAAAGCAAUCAACAUGAUUCUCUGUAUUGGUCCAUUUUGGGUCGAUGUUCUGCAACAUUACAUGUCAUGCUACUAAAAAAGUUAUUGAAUGAAACAACUGAAUUGUCUGACAAUAUGCACUAUUGGGAAACCGUGGACAGAAAUUGGAUUUCGCGCUUAUAUUAUUUGAUUCAGUCUUUUCCUAUUCGUUUGUGGAAGGCCUUUCGGCAGUCCGUGAAUUCAACACUUCGCUAUCCAAACUUUUCGCAAGUGUUUCAAAAGAGCAAUUUUUUCCCAAAGGUUAGCGCCGCGGAUAUUCAUUUUUAUGCUCGUGAAGUAUUUAUUUCUCGCACAAAUGUUCUUUCACUUAUACGCCAUGAAUAUGGAAGCAAUGCCAAGCAUUUGCGUGUUCUACGAGAUAAAAAUGCAUCGAAAAUUGGUAGCUUAAGUAGGGCUAUAAUGGAUGCAAGGCUUCCUCCUGAAGUUUUUGAUUCCUCCGUUACCCAAGAACCUACAAAACUAGAUGAUCUUGUGAGCAAAUGGAUUGAGCGCCUGCUUACACUUCUAAAUAUAAGCCCAAACAAAAAUCGUGCAGAAGACCUCUUGGCAAUUUUUGAUACGAUAAUAAAACCGAGUGAACAGCAAUUACAGGCCAAAGAAUAUUAUAGCCCUUCUACUUUUGAAAGGAGUUGGUUUAAAGUACUAACAGCUUUGUUGACGAGUUGGGUGACGAUUCGAUUCAUCACGAAAAAUCAACGUAAUCUAUUAGAUUGGAUAGAGUAUUUAUAUUUGACAUUGGCUGAUUUUAUUAAUAAUUGGGUCUAUAAGCCUGUCUUGGGCAUUUUAGAUACCAUAAGCAGUAAUCGUGCAGACUCUCAAAUCGCAGUGAUUCAGACGCAAAGUUUGGAUAGCGAUAUGAAAAGUCUUCAACGUAUGGUACUAGAUUUUGUGCGUGAUACUUCUACAUCUACCAUAGACCUGGAUCUCGUAAAGGCUCAAGUCCGGGAAGGAGACUUGACUCCAGUGCUGCAGGCAUACGAACAUGAUUUAAAAGCGCCGUUAAAAACGGCUAUUUCCGGAAAUUUGAUCCGUACCCUUUUGAUUCAGUUACAAAAGACAAAGGUGGAUGUUGAGGUAGCAUUGAGCGGUAUUGAUCGAUUGUUGAAGAGUCAGCAGCUCGUCUUUGCAACUGUGGGAAUUACUCCUAGUAUCAUCUUUUGCUAUGCUAUGAUCAAGCAGUUUCAGAAAAAUGUUCUUAAAAGGAGUGUUUUAUCUUUGUCGGAGCGUCGUCAACGGUUCCGCCAAGCAAUGCGAGAUGCGGAAAGAAUUUUGCUAUGUUCUGGAAAGAAGAAAACCUUGGAUGACCAGAAGUAUGGGUUACUUGUGUUUCAGGUCAAUUCCAUGGCUGAGCUAUCUAAAGAGUUGGCAAUUUCCAAACCAAUGCAGGAAGAUCUUCUUCAAGACUUGGAAGAUAUCCAGACAAACGCUUAUGGUGUUUCUUCCCAACUCCGUGCUAUUGACCGAAUUUAUAGAUUAUUUCAUCCUAGCAUUUAA